AUGGCUCUAGGCGGCUCAUAUGCGUCCAAACAGACGGUCGUCAUCGGCGCCGUCCUGUUCAUGUUCCUCUGGUACAUCGGCUUCAAUAGCCAGGCAGUCCCACCAAGUGCAAUUAGCAAGACGGAAACAUUACGGGUCGACUCAUCACAGCCUGAUGGACCCCUCGAGCUUGAUGGGUCCCGUCCCGAUGAAGAGCCCGAGCUCCCUAUGCCGACCAAGCCAGUCAAGCCCAUCAACCCCUACAUCACCGAAGGGCAACUCAACCCCUCCGGCCGCCAGUCCAAGGGACCACUGUCCCCUCCCGCCGACGACCCAUGGCGGCCCCUGAUCCUCUACGCCUUCUCCGACUCGCCCGUAUCGCGCGACAACCUGCGCUUCUUCCUCCACCACGGCCUGCACGCCGCAGCCGACUUCAUCUUCAUCCUCAACGGCAUGAACAACGAGACGGCCCAGGAGCUGCAGAUCCCUCAGGGCGCGUCCAACAUCCGCACCGUCUACCGGCCAAACACGUGCUACGACCUGGGCGCAUACGGCGAGGUGCUCAGGGGGGAUAAGAUCCAUUUGGGCAUGGGACCUGGGCGGCUGGAGCUGUACAAGCGGUACAAGCGGUUCGUGAUGCUCAACUCGAGUGUGCGGGGCCCAUUCCUGCCGCUCUGGGGCCAAGGCGCCUGCUGGAGCGACAUCUUCCUAGCGAAAGUCAACAUCCAGACCAAGCUGGUGGGCAUGACGGCCAACUGCUGGCCGCACUUCCACGUGCAGUCCGAGGUGUGGGCGACCGACUUCGUGGGCAUGGAGCUGCUGAUGCACCCGCCGCCGCCCGACGCCAACGCGACCAACGUCGACGCCUUCGCGGGGCGCGAGGAGCCCGUCGGGCUCGCCGGCUGCUACCCGGACCUCAACAGGGCGCUGCACGCGGAGCUGGGCGCCACGCGCGUCAUGCUCGACGCCGGCCACCGCGUCGACCUGCUCAUGACCGCCUACCACGGCAUCGCCAACUACUCGGCCGUCUGCGACCCGGACCAGCACGGCGACCUGCUGUGGAACGGCAAGUACUUCGGCACAAACGUCCACCCCUACGAGACCGUCUUCGCCAAAACCAACCGCGACGUCGACCCCGUGCUCAUCGACCGGCUCAGCCAGUGGCAGUGGGCUUCUGGCUGGAGGAGCUGGGAUAGCUGCGGCGCGUGGUCGACCUGGUGA